UUCGUCGCUCGGUCGUUCGGUUGUGUGCGUGUUCUUUUCUUUUCUCUUUUCUCUUCUUUUUUUUUUCGCCGGCUUUGGCGCGGCCUCAAAACCUUCAAGACGUCUUGCAAACGGCUGAAAAUGGAAAAGACUCCCCGGUAUACGCAGCGGGAGCGGAACAUGGUGCUCGGCUAUGCGGCCCAGUACAAGGAUGUGAUUGAGAACAAGCGCACCGACGCCGAGUCCAAUCGCAAAAAGGACGAGGUCUGGCUGCAGAUAGCCAAGGAGUUCAACUCGAAGGUCUAUCAUCAGCGCAGCGCCAAGCAGCUGCGACAGCUCUACAAGAACAUGAAGCUGCUGCUCAAGAAGGAUCUGUGCGGCGAGGAUAAGGGCAAUCGCUCCUUCAUGGAUCUGCUCAACACGCUCUCCCAACAGGAGUCGGUCGCCCAAUAUAUUGCCGAGCAAAUGUCACCGGAAGGCGCUGGCAGCCAAGCGACAGCCAAUGGUCGCCAUUUGGCCGAAGACUACGAGGAUUCAAAGCUGCCAAUGUAUGAGGGCAUGGAUACGGAAGUUAUAAUGAUCAAAUCAGAGACAAUUAGCGACAACGAGCAGACGGAGAACGGCAUGGAUUGCAUGGAUGAGGAUGACGAUGACGAUUGCCCCAUACCCAAGGCGCCGGAGGUCUGUCUCGAGGAGGAGGAUGAUGAGGUGCUCUUUGCCGCUGAUCUGCGCCAGUUGCAGCAGCAAUACGCUGCCACCGGCUCCCUAAUCAGCGCCAAUAACAACAAUAAUAACAACAACAGCAGCAACAAUAACAACAAUAAUAAUAACAACAACAGUGUCUGCUCCACAAAGACGUCCAUCUCAUCGACGGGCAGCAAUUUGUCCGGUGGCGCCCCAAAAGCAAAAAUAAUGAUAUCCAAUGUGGGCAAUAUACGAGUUGGCGCCUUCGCCAGCAUCAGCAAGACGCUGCAAAAUGGCUCAGCGAACAGCAGCAGCUGCAACGGCAACAACAACAACAACAGCCACAACAAGAACAAUAACAACAACAAUAGCUACAAUAACAACAACAACAACAACAGCAGCUGCAGCAGCAACAACAGCAAUGGACAACUGACGCCGGAGCAAAUGCAACAGCAUUUGCUGCUUAACGGUUUGGGAUUGUCCGCCGUGCAACAUCCGUCGUCGCACUCGCUGCAGGCGUCCAUCAGUGCGACAACGAGCCUUUUGGACAGUUCGCGGUUGCAGCUGCCACGCAUGGCACCCAUCACAAAUAGCUCCAACAACAACAACAACAGCAGCAGCAACAACAACAACAACAACAACAAUGCGGGCGGCGUGCAACUGUUGCUGAAUGGUCGCGAGAAACCGCACUUGCAACUUCAGCCGAGCAGCAGCUGCUUAAGCAUUGCUGGCGACACUUUUAAUGGCUACAAUGGUCUCGGUGUGGCAAGCAUUCACAACACGAACGCCAGCAACAGCAACAACAACGCCAACAACAACAACAACAGCAACAGCAACAAUAACAACAACAACAACAGCAGCAGCAUCCUAAACAAUCUGAGCAACAACAGUCCACAUGGCCAGCACAAUGAGUACAUUUUGUCGCUGGCAUUGGAGGAGCGUCAGCGGAAGAUUGAGCUGCUGAAUGCACAGAUCGAGUAUUGGAAGACGCUGACCAAGAAGCUGAACUCGCAUCCCGGCCACUAUCCAAAUCCGGCAUGCCUCUGCCAUUUUCCGGGCAGCGGCGGCUUGGCCGCUGUAGGCGUGGCAGCUGGUGGCGCCAGCACAGCGACAGUGAAUGCAUUGCAAACGCAGUCGAGCAGCAGCUAG